CGUGAUCAAAACGCAAUUGAAUAUUCCAUCAGCAACAGAUAUGGUAUUGAGACUUUCAACUUUCACUUUCGUCAUGUUCUUGCUUUUUGAAGAUCGGUUGCCUAUUAUCCCAUGCUUCUGCAUUCUCUCUUUCAUGCUAUCUCCGUCGAGCUUCGCUGCUUCGUCUCCGGUCCUGGGCGUGGUCCCCAUCCAACGGAAAUGUCUCUUCAUCGCUCCACAGUGGCUAGGUCCAAAGGCCGACUACUCACUGUCACAAACUGGCCGACAGUCAUCCAUAGUCACCAUCAACCACCAGACGCACGAUGCCCAGCUCAGAGAACCCCGCAAUGGAGACUCUGGAAGAAUGGGACGGCAUCGGCCGUUCGAGACCCCGGUAUCACUUCAUGCGGACAAAGCCAGAGCAAACCCGAGCUUCAUUGGUACAGCAUGUAUCACAAAGCAAACAUGGAUACCUUUACCAAAGGCUUCUGGGUUACCUCUCUCGGUGGCGAUCAACGAUAUCGCCAGGAGAAUGCACGGAGGUGGACGUUAUUUUGGAGUCGAUAUCCUUGGGCAGAUUGAAGGGAAAGCUAAGGGAGUUCAAGAUUGUGGAGGAUGAGGAUCAAUUGCAGUGGACGAGGCUGAUCUACAGGGACAACGUUGUCAAUGCUGUCACUACAAAUGAUGAGCUGAUUCAGGCUGCUGAGAACAGGAAGUCCCUCAAACUCACUCAUUAUAUCGUCUUGCAUUCUACAUUUGGGGAUUUUGAAGACAGCCUGGCUGACUGUGAGCAGACCACCACCCCAACGAGAGAGAGAUCUGCAUUCAGUUGGAGAAGGCCGAUUGCAAUCAGAUACCCGUAUUGCGUAUAUCCAAACCGGCAAGGAUAAGAAGGGUGAUAUUGUAUUCUUGGGUGGCAAGAACUUUAAUCCGGCAUCCAUUACCAACAAUUAAUAGUGCAAUCUAUACUACCACUUUAU